AUGUCAGAGCAAGGAAAAAGGAAGUAUAAUAUAAAUAAUGCUGGAAAGGCUCGGGCAAACCUUACAACUAGCACAGCCGCCAGUUGGAAUAUUGUGGCUCUGAUCGAAGGAAGAGGAUCUGAACGAGGGACCGUGGGAAUGGCCGCGAUCGAUCUCAGAUCUACGGAGGUUUCCCUGUAUCAAUUUGUUGAUACUGCUGCUUAUAGUCUUCUGAAGGUGUCCCUGAAUUUAUUGGAUCCCGUGGAGAUUAUAAUGCCUGAUUAUUCUCAUGAUAAGACCGGAACAGUGAAAGUUUUGUAUGACGCCAUUACUGACAUGCUUCCCGAAACCGAAAUUCAACUAGUUCAGCGAAAACAUUUUGAUGAAGAAAAGGGGAUUCACAUGGUCAAGAGGCAUAUUGUGGAAGAAGCCUCAAACGUGGAUCUUCAAACUUAUAAAAAGUAACUUAAUUUUUAAAAUUUUUUAUUAUUUAGAUCCAUGGCCAUGGCUUCAGUGUUUGCUCUGCUUAAGUAUGUAGAAUUGAUUCAAAACUUAUCUUUCCUUACAAAAUCUUUGAAGUUUCGUUAUGAGACCGUUGAGGACUCGUGCUUAGUCGGUAUGUUUUUAUUUUAUUACCUAAAAUCUGUUUUUAGAUGUUUGCAGCUGGGAGAACUUGGACCUUUUCCACCGACGAAGAUCGCAGAAGAAGAAGAGUGAAUGUCGCUCUUUAUUUGACCGGAUAAACUGUUGCGUCACAAAUGGAGGAACUCGCACCCUGGGAACUUAUCUUCUACAACCUUCGGUUGAUGUAAUGGAAAUCUCAGAGAGGCUGGAUGUUGUUGAAGAAUUGAUUUUGGAACCAGCGGUAAGUUGGUUUUGACGUUAUGAAUUUGUUAGGCUUUGGAAAAAAUUAGAAGGUUGCUGAGGACAGUCCAGGAUCUCCAACAAAUCAUCACUUUAUGUGUUCAUGCCGACAAAUCAAGUGAGAUGGAUAACAAGCGGAUGAUGAGGCAUAAGAUCGUGCAGAUCUUGUCUUUGAGGAACCUUCUUGACACUCUUAAGCCACUCCAAAGCGUUGUUACCAAUAUGAGGUCGGGAUUGAUAUUAAAAAAUGCAUUUGUAAGUAAAGUGAUUUAAACUUACAGCUGCCUUCAGAAGAUCUCAGAUCCUCGCCUUAAAGAGAUUUUGGAAAUCAUUGACCAGAAGAUAGAUGCGGAAGUGUUAUCCAAUCACGCGAAGGGCUCCUUGGGAGUAAAAGACGCAGUAUUGUAUGCGGUUAAAGAUGAUCAACAUGUCCAACUGGCCUUGGCGAGGAAAGUUUACAACGAACUUCUAAUUCACGUUAACGGUAACUAGAAGCAACGUUCUUUUAUUUUUUAGAAUUGAUCACACAGGAAGGUUUCCAGGCCAUAGGAGCUUCCCUUUCUUACACUUAUGGGAGGGGAUAUCACUAUAAUAUUAAGAAAAAGGUUGUCAAUUCGCUCCCACCUGAAUGUCUGCAAGUUGUCUCCAACCGGCAGAAUGUUACUUUUACAACACAGAACUUGAUCAAAUAUAACGGUAAGGUUAGUCUGUCUUCUUUUCAUUUAUUUAGACCGUUUGGUCCAAUUGGAAAGCGAGAUCCUCCAGAAAUCUGAACUAGUUGUAAAUCAAUGCUUGGCUGAUGUAAAAGAACUUCUUCCCGCUCUGUAUAAUUGUGUUGAGUUCUUAUCCCUUCUGGAUUGCUUCUGCAGUUUUGCCACUUAUUCUGCCAGUAUCUCCACAUCUUGUAAGUUAAGUUAUCUGGCGUUUAAUCCUUAGGUCGUCCACGUUUUGGGAAUCAGAUGGCAAUUAAAGAGGGAAGGCAUCCCAUAUUGGACAAUGAUAAAGUAGACUUUGUUCCGAAUGACACAUUCAUCUCCACGGACACUCGGUUUGUUCUCAUAACUGGACCAAAUAUGGUAGAUUGAUGUUAAGCAUGAUUACAUAUUGUUUUUAGACGGGGAAGAGCACAUAUCUGAAGCAGAUAUGCUUACUCCAAAUUCUCGCCCAAGCUGGUUGCUUUGUCUCUGCGAGGGCCGCUUUUUUUAUGAUAAGAAAGAAUAUUUAUUGUAGAAUUGGGCAUAAUGAUGAUUUAUCCGACAAUCUUUCAAGUUUCGGAGUAGAGGUAAGCUUGUCUUUGAGCGAAUAUUGUUUCAGAUGUCUGAGAUGUCAUCCAUUCUCCAUCAUGUGGAUGAAAAUUCGUUGGUUGUAAUAGAUGAGUUGGCAAGAAGUAAGCCCAUAAAGUAACACUGAGACGAGGCUCUCGGGCCGGGCCGGUGAAUAUUUUUACAACCAUGUCAAAGCACUUUUGAAUGGUUUCAAAAGUUGAGAAAAAUUUUCUAGCAGGGAAAGUACUUCUAUGGGGGCAAAGAGUGACAGGUCGAGCCAUAUAUGGCUCGGGACUUCUAAAUCUCUCCGCGAGAGUCCAUCCGAACCCUGCAAAUUUAGUCCAAAGUUAAAAGUUGUGAAAAAAGGAGGAGGCGACAGAGAAAGGCAGAAAUUCUUACAAAGAGAUAAAUUGCGCAAUGUUAUGUCAGUUUGCGCAACUUUUAACUUUGUACUAAAUUUGCAGGGUUCGGAAUUUUUUGACUAAAGAUGCUCGAUUUAGGGGUUUUCGAGGGUGGUGAUUUCGGAAGUCAUGUUCAUUUUUUUGCACUUUACCAGGUCGGCCGAGGUCAAGUGUAUAUCCAAAAUAUUCUUAAACAUGGGCCGCGAUUUUUGGCCGACAGCCAUGUCUGGAAACGCGGCGUACUCUACUUUUAGGUACUGCUGUUGAAGAAGGAAUUAGCAUUUGUUUCGCGAUCGGAGAAGAGUUAAUAAAGAAGAGAUGCGUCGUUUUGUUCGCCACUCACUAUCUGGAUUUAUGUCUACUCGAAACUCAAUUUACUUGUCUUAGAAAGUAAGGUUUUCUUAUCUUUAUUGUAUGCGCUAGUAAUCUUAAGUGAACAGUAUAUUUUGUUUAGUUUCCAUUUUCCAUCCGAUACCGGGGUCGAUGAUCAAGGAAAAGAGUAUCUGAAACCAUCUCACGUUCUUCAUGUGGGACCUUAUAAAGGACCACUUUAUGGUAUGACCAAGUAUAACGUAAGAUUUAUUUUAAGGAUUGGAAUUGGCCGAGAUCAGUAGUUUGCCUGCCGAGAUUAUUUCCAAUGCCAGAACCAUCGCUGAGAAAAUUAGAUCGAGUGUCGAAAACAAAAGAAACGAAGGGAAUGUGGAGAUUGGAAUGGAGAGGAAGAGACAAUUCUGCAUCCUGGCUCACAGGAUAUUACACCUGAUUGAAAGACAGAACUUUUGUGCUGACGAAAAGAGCGGUGCUUAUCUGGCCCAGUUACAAGAAAAGUUUAAGGCUUUGAAAUAG